AACGGACACAGAUGUGGGACACGAACACAGCGCGCGGUGAGCAUCUGGACGAGUACUUCCUACCGAUGCAGGUUGAUAUAGUUUGAAAAAAAAUCUUAGUGAAGAUAUCAACAUAUAUACGUAUAUGCGUUGUGAAUCACGGAACGAGUGGCCGUAUGGAUUUCGGUCAUUUGCUUCCUUCCAUCUGGAUUAGAACUCGGGGUCAUCUACUUCCAUCUGGAUUCGAACUCGGGUCUGGACUUGAACAGUGCACGGUGAUACCAACUGGGUACCAACUGAGUACCAAGUGGGUACCAAGGGGGGCAGGGUGGGUAAUAAAAGGAUGUUUGUGACCAGGAAAGGGAGUAAAAAAAUUGGAAGAGGGGGGAGGAGGGGGUUGGGGGGGGAGGUGAGGGAGUGAGUUGGGGAGGCGGGGGGAAGAGGGGAAGAGGGGGGAAGGGGGGGGGAAAGGUGGGGGGAAAGGGCAUUGAGUGUUGCGAGUGGAUAGCUAGUGGUGGUGAAGAGCGAUGGCGGUGGCGGUAUGGGAUCCGCUGAGGAGUGCUCGCUGUUGUUCGUGUGCUGUUUCUCUCCCUCACACAACCACCUCCACCUCCACGUCCACCUCCAGCACCGGGAGCAGGUGCAGGAGCAAUAGCAGUAGUGUUGGUGCUAGCUCUGCGGCAACAAGACUUCGUCUUCAGAAUGGAGGGGACAAAGCAUUGGUUGGGGGAGGUCAGGUCUUGUACAGGAGGAUAUCCAUAUCCUUGGCAUUGCUCGAAGCUAUGCACGUGGAGCCACGUGUCCAUUGCACAGCGCGAGGGGGCAGUGGCAUCCUACAAGUCGCCCGAGUCCAUCUUCCAGAUUCUAUGAAUGUAGACGAUUUGAAUCGAGACGGAGAAGGGAGGAGAUUGCAGAAAGGGACUGGCAGCAGCAGGAGCAGACUAGCAGCUGGCCGUCUAUUCGAUCACAGUGGCAAGAAGCACGGUAGAGUGACACGUGUCACUUCUUCGGCCAACGAUUCACCACCUCCUGGCUCGUCGGCAGCCGCCGCUGCCUCCGAUGAUGUCGACAUGGGUGUCACAUCUGCCCCCCUUUCUUCCCCCCCACCUCCCAUCUCCUCUGCUACUUCUGAGGGGGUCGUGAGUGUGGAGGGGGAGGCUGUGGAGGGGGGUGUGAGUGCGGUAGGAGGGGUCUUGUCAAGGGAAGCUGAACGAGAGGCGGAAUCAUUUGCUGUCGUGAACACCGGUGAUUACGAGUGCCGAUCGUGUGGCUAUGAGUAUAUUGAGGUCAUGGGUGAUGCAUCUUAUCCUAUUCCACCUGGCAUGCCGUUUACUAGUCUUCCUUCUGAUUGGGCAUGUCCAAUUUGCGGUGCUCCUCGGACGUACUUCAACCCCAAGCGAGUAGAGAUUGCUGGGUUUGUUCAAAAUCAGAAGUAUGGAUUAGGGGGCAAUUCGAUGACAUCGGGACAGAAGAGCUUGCUCAUUUACGGCUCGCUCCUUUUCUUCUUCGCGGUUUUCCUAUCUGGGUAUUUCUUGCAGUGACAGUUUGUAUAAAGAGGUGUAGGAUUUAUUUUUUUAUUUUUAUUUUUUUGUUGUUGUUGAUGUUGUUGGACUUCAACCAUAUAUUGCAGGGUAAAUGUU